GACCAGUCCGCCCGCUCGCGAUUCCUCGUCACCAUCACAGUUCACUUGUCGCGCGACAACUUCUUGCACUCUCUCAACUCGACACCAUCGUCACCUUCAUCGCUAUCGCACUAGCUUCCGUCUCCGACUUUGCACUUUCGUUGCCUAGAACAGACUGGCAACUGGCCCCAAACCCGACACGAGAAACAAUCAAGACAACGCGCCAUGCCCGUGGCCUAAAUCGCACUUUCACCAAUGCGCAUCAUCACUCCCGAGAACCUGCACUACCCCAUCACCGUCACGAAGCUAUUUCGUCAGCCGCAGGACCAGAUCGAUCACAAUGCGCCCCUGUUCGCCUACCAGUACACGACAAAGGUGCUCGAGGGCGAUGAGGAAACACGCGAGGACGUCUUGGUCGACCGCGUGUGGUACUCGACCUUUGAGAGCACUGCCGAGGGCACCUUGACCGAAUGGCACAUUUCGAAAGGACGCGUUAUAGGCGGGCCCGGUGCUCCCAUCGCCGACGUCGAAGAGGCCUGCAAGCACGAGGUACAGUUCGGAAAUCUAUGCGCCGAUUGCGGCAAGGACAUGACAACAGUUUCCUACAACACCGUCACACGCGACACGGACCGAGCAACCGUCAACGCCGUCCACGGCCAUACCUCGCUACUCGUCUCGCGCGCAGAGGCUUCCAAAUCAGACGAAGAAGCCAAGCGACGUCUUCUGUCGUCGCGUAAACUCUCACUUGUUGUCGACCUCGACCAGACCAUCAUCCAGGCUACCGUAGAUCCUACCGUCGCCGAGUGGCAGAAGGACCCUCAGAACCCAAACUACCCCGCCGUCAAGGACGUUCGCGCCUUCCAGCUCAUUGACGACGGCCCUGGUGCAAGAGGUUGCUGGUACUAUAUCAAGCUGCGGCCCGGCCUGGAAGACUUCUUAGCCACCAUCUCCAAAUACUAUGAGCUGCACAUCUACACCAUGGGUACUCGCACCUAUGCUCAGAACAUUGCCAAGAUUGUGGAUCCCGAUCGCAAGAUAUUUGCCGACCGUAUCCUCAGCAGAGAUGAGAGCGGAAGUUUGACGGUCAAGAAUCUUAAGCGCCUCUUCCCGGUCGACACCAAAAUGGUCGUUAUUAUUGACGAUAGAGGCGAUGUCUGGCACUGGUGCGACAACCUCGUCAAAGUCACCCCCUACGACUUCUUCGUGGGCAUUGGCGAUAUCAACUCCAGCUUCCUCCCGAAACGGCCUGGAUUAGAGCCAAGGCCAGCGAGUCUUGCGAGCGCAGACGCCCCAUCUACACCCGACGCAAGUUCAAUAAAUACUUCUCCGGCAGACUCUCCAACAAGCAAGGUUUCGGCCAUUGACCAACUGGUAUCCAUGGGUGGGGGUAAUGAUCCUACCAAGCUCAAAGAACAAACGUCGGAGCAGGGUGAGGCCAUCGCUGCUCAGCUUACCGACCGACCUUUGUUGCAGAAGCAAAAGGUUUUGGAUGCCGCAGAGGAAGACAGCAAUGGAACAGCCGAAGCAUCCUCUGACAAUGAUGCAGCUUCUGCGCCAGAUGCCCCGGUCGACGCGCAUAACAAAUACCGCCACAAUCUUCUGCAAGACAAUGACACCGAACUCCAUUACCUACAGCGCAGCCUUCAAUCAGUCCACUCUGCCUAUUUCGAAGCAUUAGAUCGAAAAGCUUCCGGUCCUCAAGAUGGUCGUGUCGCUGAAUUACGACCCGGCUCUGAUAACAACCGUAGAACAGACAACCUUAACAGCUUGCCGGAUGUUACCAGCAUCAUGGCGUCGAUGAAGCUCAAGGUUCUCAAGGGUGUACACCUAGUUUUCUCUGGAGUCAUGCCGCUCGGAGUUCAGGUCCAAAAUCACGAUUUCGCAAUUUGGGCGAAAAGCUUUGGUGCUACAGUAUCAGAAAACAUUACGAAGCGUACUUCACAUGUAAUUUCUUCGCCAUUACGAAAGACGGCCAAAGUUAGACAGGCUGCCAAAAAGCCCGACAAGAUCAAAAUCGUGUCUCAAGAUUGGCUGUUUGCCUGUUUGUCGCAAUGGCAGAAAGUAGACGAAGCACCAUUCCGGUUACACGCCGACCUGGAGAACGAGCUAAACGAGCCAGCCGCCAACGGACAAGGUUCGCCUUUCGAUGGUCCAGAUCAGAAUGCCCAAUUGUCCUCAUCAGACGAGGAGGCUGCAGUCACUGAAGAAGAAGAUUCUGUUGAAACCCCUGGCACCGAGAACGAAACCGAUGCGCGGGAGCAAGCAGAACUUGAAAGUUACAUGCCCGGAGCACGUCGCGGAUUGAAUCCCGCAGAUAUGAUUCAGGAUUUCGUUGGGUGGGAUCAAGAGCUUCAAGAAUUCUGUGGCGACAUUGAUUCGGAUGACGAUAGCGAACAAGAUUCUACUCGUUCAGAGCCAGAUGAUACAGAAUCGCUUCCCAGUGCCAAGAAGAGGAAGAGAGGCGAAGACGGGCAGUCAACCGACGAUGAAAGCGACUCAAGUCUGAGCUCCAGUAGACUCGAGCGAAGGAAGAGGAAGGCGCUGGCCAGAACAACAAGCCUUGUCAAUAUUUCUGCCGUAGAUGACUCGCAGAGGGUCGCGGCUGAAGCUCAGAGCGGUGAUCAACAGAAGGUCUCGACAAACACCGGAGACGAUGUCAAUGAUGAGGAUGAGGACGACUUGGAUCUUGAAGCUCAAAUGGAGGCAGAGAUGCUUAGACAGGCUGAAGAGGAAGGAUAUGCAUGAGUGAGGUCUUCUCUGAUGGGGUUGCUCGAACAUGAUAGGCAG